AUAUAUAUAUAUUGUGGGAACUCGCUUCAAAAAUGGGUAGAGCUCUUCUUGUAAAGCACACAGCAACUCGCUUUCUUUUUCAGGGCUUUUUUGCCCACUUUUAUUUAAGAAAAAAGUUCAAACAACAAAAAUGCUUCCCACGCAGGGGUAUCCACCAUCAAGCAAAACAAUAUUCAGCCUCCUGGCUUGUACGCAGUUUUAAGUCUGCCUCCUGCAGACUCUUCCCAAAAUAUGGCACUAGCACACCGCUAGUCUGGCUUCCACCUGACUCCAAGGCAGAGACCUCCCGUCUGCCGGGGUGGAGCCCUCCUGACUCCUAACUGCUGGGGUGGAGCCCAGAACUAUGGUUAG